AUCGAAGCGUAGUUUAUAAUUACUGCAGUAGUAGCUGCGUUUAUAUACAGUGACUUUACGGUUAUAAUUUUUCUUCUCUUCUGAUUUGAACAUCACCUUGGUUAUAACAGCACAGACUAACGACAUGUUUAUCUUUAAAUCGGGCUUAAAAAUAUCUGCUUAGCCAUAGAAAGUGUCUUCGAAGGUGCCGCCUUAAAAUUGAAUAAAAAAAUGUUUAAUACUCUGUUUAUUCUUUAAAAAUUUUCAAAUUUCUUUCAGUUAAAGCGUGUAAAGUAAACAUAACUCAGAAUCGAUCAUGGAUUCUUGUGCUGACGAAGCAGUUGAUUUGAAUGAAAGUGGUGAAGCCGAUGAUAAGAAUACUGUUACAACAAAGAGAUAUCUAUGGCGACAAAUUUUUGUUUCAAGUGGAGUUUGGUCGAUUUACUUUGUUCUUGGUUUGGGCUUCGGAGCUCCAACUGUAAUGAUCCCACAGAUCAGAAGAGAAGCUAACUCAACAGAUGCAGUUACCGAGAGCAUGGCUUCAUGGCUAACUUCCGUGCACGGCUACUCUGCACUUCCAUGGGUAUUCGUGAUACCCGUUUUGACAAGAUACAUCGGAAGAAAAAUACCUUUCACCAUAAUAUGUAUAGUUACUUUAGUUUCAUUCCUGUUAUUUUAUUUCAGUACAAAUACAACGCAUUUAUUGAUCAGUGCGAUAAUGCAAGGGAUGCUUCUAGCAAGCAACAUGACUUUGUUGGUUGUUAUUGUAACGGAAUACUCCUCCCCGAAAUAUCGAGGGGUAUUCAUGAUAUUCGAAUCUACCGUUUUCUUUUGGGGAGUAUGGGUCGCUAAUGCGACGGGAGCCUUUUCCCACUGGAAAAACAUCGCGUACAUCGCCUUUGUUUGUUCUCUGUACCCUUUGACCGUCGUAUUUUGGCCCGAAUCGCCUUACUGGUUGGCGAUGAAGGGCCGGUUCGAAGAAUGUGCCGCUUCACACCACUGGCUGAAAGGGUACGAUAAAGAUUCCCAAUGUGAACUCGAGACGUUGAUUGAUUCUCAGAAACAGUAUAUUAAGAUGUGUGCGGAGAAUAAACGAAAUGUUGCAGGGAAUCGGGUGAAGUUUAUUUAUGAAACUAUAAGCACAAAAGCGUUUUACAUGCCAAUGUUUAUAUCUGUUGUAGUAAUGUCAAUGUAUCAUUUCUCUGGAAAAUUAGUAUGCACGAUGUAUGCGAUGGAUUUAAUUAAUCAAAUAACUGGCAGCAACAUGACCUCAAGUUAUGGCAUGCUGAUUAUGGACAUCAUUACAAUAGUAGAUUUGCUUCAAGUGGAUUAAUACAGUUUUAUCACUUACCCGAAGCCUGCAGCUAUCUCUGAAGUGCUUUGUAAUGGAUCCGCUUCCACAAUAGCCUGUAAUUCUUCAUUUUCCACUUUGGUGUCCGGCCGUCCACGGGGUUGGUUCUGAAGGUCGACAUUUCAAGAACGAAAACGUUGAAAUCAAAAACGUAUCGUGCUUUCUUUUGCGACACCAGCGCCGUACACAUAAUUAAUCCUUCGAGAUGUUUCUGCAGCACUGCUGCCACGGUAGAACUCGUGCUCGUAAAUAUACCAAUAUUUCAUGUUUUCCAUUGUGCGGAAAUAAGUGGCGCCAAAAAAAAAAAAAAUUAGGAAAAAACAAAUAAAUGACUGUUUUUGAAACUCAAAUGUACCAGCUAAAUGAAAUUAUGCAUUUGAAUUUGGAAUUCUUAACCAAAGAGGAGAUAUUUCAAAUCAAAGUGGUCAGUACGACAAAAUGCCUAUUUCAUAUGUAAGGACCUAAUAUUAGUUUAUGGCGUAUGGUUAGCUCGUCUUUUAUUUUGCGUAUGUUAUGUAAUGAAUUUUCGCUUAAUCGAUUUUGUAAGCUUUGCUUGGCUAUUAUGAAAAAUAAGAGCUGUCCUUUUCCACAAUGUAACCAAUAUUCGCGAUAUUUCUUGCCUAUGUUUAUAAAAUGUCUUCAUUAAUAAAGGUUUAAUACCUAUGUAUUUUAAUUGAAUCGGUUUUGUGAAAUUUAAGAACUUGUACUAUAAAUUAUGUCGACCAUAAUAUCAAAUAGAUAAUUGAUCUUUAGUUCUCAACAGUUUAUUCUCAUCCUAAAUUUAUUAUUUUAUAAUUUAUCAGUUUUUUUAAAAACCAGUGACAUCCGGCGACACCGAGACUGACUUGAAAUAUAAUGAAUAAAAAAAAAUAUAUAUUUGUUGAGUCGUUUUAUUGGACUAUUUAUUUUUUAUAUUGAAAUUAUUUUCAUAUCAAUCAAAACGCGAAAUAAUAUGUUUCUUAAAUUAAUAUUAUUUAUUAUUGUAUAGAAGUGUUAAAGAGCUCUCCGUUCACCUAGUCCUAGUGUAAAGGGGUUAGACUCGCGUGAAUGUCAUGAAUGCCGCCACCCAUCUUCAGACCUAAGUUCGAACUCUACAUUGACUUGAACCGAUACGCAUGACUGCUUCUCGGUGACAUAAAGAGAAUAGUGGUUAAAAUUUGUGAGAGCCAAGAAUACUCUUUACUAGUGUUCAACCCCGAUAAGCGACCGUAGAAUACAAGUAGAAUACUCUGGGAACGCUGCUGCCGUUCUUCAAUUAUUAAGUCCUCUUUGACGAAAGAACGAAAAGAAAAAACAAAAGAAAACGGAUAGAGCUAUUCUAGACCACACAUAAUAAGUUACAAAAUAUAAUAUUAUAAUUAUAACAAAAUUAUAACAAAACACAAAACCUGUCUAUGCGGGUCCUUAGACGAUCCUGCGGAAAUUUCUGCUAAUUCUCUAUUUAUUGAAUUCUAUGAUAAGAAGAGCGGCACGGUACGUACGGUAUAAUUUACAAAAUAGUGUUAGAAAAAGUUGAAGAAAAAUAAAUGUCACAUAUUUAUUGGUUGUAAAUCGAGUUUUAAAUGUAAAUUCUUUUAAAUAUUCAUAGAUAAAAUUUAACUCACUAAAAUUAACUCGUUAUGUAAAGUUUGUUAGUUAUUUGUAAAUAAAUUUAUUUAUG